ACCAUUUUUCCUCCUCACUCUUUCGCUUCGCUGUGUCCGCCAUGGCUUCUUCCGAGAUAGAACCCGAAUCGGACGAGCGCAAACCCAUCGACGACGACGACUUAAUUUCCCCCAUUGAACAGGUUCGCCUCACUGUAUCUAACGAAGACGAUCCCUCGCUCCCCGUAUGGACCUUCCGAAUGUGGUUUCUCGGAUUGCUGUCCUGCGUUGUCCUGUCGUUUCUCAACACCUUCUUCGGCUACCGGACGGAGCCGCUCGUCAUUUCGAUGAUCUCCGUUCAGAUCGCGACACUGCCGAUCGGCCGAUUUCUGGCCAAGGUGCUUCCGACGACGACGUUUCGGAUCCCUGGAUUUGGGGAUACACAGUUCUCGCUCAAUCCAGGGCCAUUCAAUAUUAAAGAACACGUCCUGAUUUCGAUUUUUGCUAAUGCCGGUUCCGCGUUCGGGAAUGGAGCUGCUUACGCAAUCGGAAUUGUGGAUAUAGUCAUGGCGUUUUAUCAUCGGAAAAUCUCCUUCUUAGCUGGUUGGAUUCUAGUUAUUACGACGCAGGUUAUGGGAUAUGGUUGGGCGGGCAUACUGCGGAAGUAUGUGGUGGAUCCUGCCCAAAUGUGGUGGCCGAGUAGUCUGGUGCAGGUCUCCUUGUUCAGAGCAAUGCACGAGAAAGACGAUAGCCGGAUGUCAAGGGGCAAAUUUUUCUUGAUUGCAUUAAUAUGCAGCUUCUCCUGGUACGUAGUUCCAGGCUAUCUCUUCCCAACUCUGUCGACCAUCUCCUGGGUCUGCUGGAUGUAUCCCCGCUCCGUCACUGCCCAGCAGCUCGGCUCUGGCAUGCGCGGCCUCGGCCUCGGCUCCUUCUCGCUCGACUGGUCCGUCAUCGCCUCGUACCUCUACAGCCCCCUCAUCAGCCCCUUCUUCGCCAUUGUCAAUGUUGCCGUCGGCUACUUUGUGAUCAUCUACAUUAUGCUUCCAAUUGCUUACUGGAAGACCAAUCUCUACAAUGCCAAAAACUUCCCAAUAUUUUCCUCUCAUCUGUUUGAUGCCCAAGGUCAGAUUUAUAACGUUUCCGCCAUUGUGAAUGACAAGUUUGAGAUUGACAUGGCGGCCUACGAGAAGCAGGGGAGAAUAAAUCUCAGCGUGUUUUUUUCCCUCUCCUAUGGCAUUGGUUUUGCUGCUAUCGUUUCUACCCUCUCUCAUGUUGCGCUCUUUAACGGAAAGGAAAUAUAUCAGCAGUUCCGAGCUUCUUAUAGCGGUAAAGAAGAUAUUCAUACAAGAUUGAUGAAGAAGUACAAGGAUAUACCCGGUUGGUGGUUCCACCUGCUUCUUAUUUUGUCCAUUAUUUUGUCUCUUGCAAUGUGCAUUUUCAUGAAAGAUCAGAUUCAAAUGCCAUGGUGGGGACUCAUCUUUGCUGCGGUUCUUGCCUUGACUUUUACCCUUCCCAUCAGUAUUAUAACUGCCACUACAAAUCAGUCCCCAGGACUCAACAUUAUCACGGAGUACCUGAUGGGUAUCAUAUUACCAGGAAGACCAAUAGCCAAUGUCUGCUUCAAGACCUAUGGAUAUAUAAGCAUGACACAGGCAGUCUCAUUUCUCAAUGAUUUCAAGCUCGGCCAUUACAUGAAGAUCCCUCCAAUUUCUAUGUUCAUUGUUCAGUGCAUAGGAACUCUGAUAGCGGGAACAGUGAACAUGGGAGUGGCAUGGUGGCUACUGACCUCCGUAGAAAACAUCUGCCAGGACCAACUCCUCCCUCCGAACAGCCCCUGGACCUGCCCCGGCGACCGCGUCUUCUUCGACGCAUCAGUCAUCUGGGGCCUCGUUGGGCCCAAGCGAAUCUUCGGCUCGCUCGGAAACUACGCGGCCCUCAAUUGGUUCUUCAUCGGAGGCGCCGUGGGGCCCCUCCUGGUAUGGCUUCUCCAAAAGGCCUUCCCCAAUCACAAAUGGAUCUCCCUCAUCAACCUCCCGGUCCUCCUCGGCUCCACCGCCGCCAUGCCGCCGGCCACCACCGUCAACUUCAACUGCUGGAUCAUCGUCGGCACCAUCUUCAACUUCUUCGUUUUCAGGUACCGCAAACGGUGGUGGCAGAGGUACAAUUACGUUCUCUCGGCGGCGUUGGAUGCGGGCUUGGCUUUCAUGGGAGUGCUUCUGUAUUUCACGUUAACAAUGGAGGAUAAAGCUGUGUCGUGGUGGGGAUCCGACGGCGAGCACUGCGAAUUAGCUACUUGCCCCACCGCUAAAGGUAUCGUAGUCGAUGGUUGUCCUGUGUUCUGAUUUCUUUUAUGUUCAAUUUUUUUACAUCACAUUUUUUUAGUAUUUGUCUCACAUGUGAAAAAAGCAUUUUUCUUUAGUAUCCUCGAUUUAAUUGUAACCAGAAGUAGAUUAUUUGCAAAGGAUCAACCAGAAGUAAUCAGAAUUAGAUUCAUCAGUUCUUUUAAAAAACGAAAAGUUGUUGAUCUUAUUCUUCUGUAUGUUUGUUUGUAAUUCGACCUUCCAGAACCAACUUUUUAUGUUAAAAUAUCGCAUUGGAAAGUUCAGUAAAGAACGAACUGUCAAUUCUGCUGAACUCAUAAAGACUCCAAAGAAGAAUACUAAAGACAAGUUUCGCAUUACCGAAGACUGAAAACUUUAACAGUAUUAUCAAAAUUACAUUAUCACCUUUCAUUCAAAGAACUUCAAGUCCAGCAACCCUAAAUUAGUGGAAAUUUUUCCACAAUAGAUUAAGUUUAUACAUAAAUAACUCUCCUUUUUUUUCUUUUUUUUAUCUCUUUCCUUGACAACUAUACCCCCCUCUCGAGUAUAUACACCACAUUCAAAUAUUAUUAAGAAAGAAGAAGAAGAUAUAAUAAUAUUAAAAAAAAAAAAAAAGGAAAUUACCAUGAGCGAAAUUUGAGAAUCGUUGCUAUUUCUUAGGCAGCGAUUUGGAAGGAGCAGCAUAUCUUGCAUAAAAACUGCGAUAGCCUGGUUCUUGAUCCUCAUCCAAGCCUUCAUCGAAGUUGUGAGCGUAGCUCAAUGGGUCAUACCUGAAUCCGCCGUUAAAUGGCUUUGUCUCUGUGAAGCACAGAUUAUUGCUCUCUCUUUUAACCCACGAAAGCUUCGACUUGAGACGCCCCCAACACGACGCAGCUAAAUCUUCUCCUUCCCCACUUUUUGGCCUCUCCAUUAGCGGUUAGCGGAACCCCUUUCCCUUUUCUGAGAAAGAUUUUUAUUUUGCGUUUGGAGAGCAAGAAAAUGUUCUCUCUUCGGAUACAAGUGUGUGGCAGAUAAUGGAAUUGAAGGCCAAAUUGGAAUAAACGAACGAGUGUUUUUGGAUUUUAAGCAUCCGAGGCAGAGGGGUAGUGGUGCCACUGACAGAGACAGAGAAGAGGGAAUUGGGAAGUUUUGUCCGUUUGGGCUGAUUUUCGUUCGCCCAAUGGAGAUUCUCGGAUGGGUUGCGUUAGGUAUAUAUAUAUAUAAUUAACUUUUGGAUAAUUGGGCGGUGAAGCGAUGGUUUAUAUGACAUAAUCGUGUUUCUUAUAUACGAGACAAGGAGACAAUUAAAGUGCUUUUAAUGUCAUUAAUUCCUUAAUAUUUUACGAUUCUUUGAUAUUUAAGUGCAAUUUGUAUCCAUUCCAUACGAGAGCUUGUUUGCGUGUGUGAAUUUGAUUUUUCCUUUUCUUUUGAAGUUAAUUAUAGGAGAGUGUGUACGUGUAAUUAAAUUUGGAAAAAUUCCUCUAUGAAGUGAUGGGCAGUGGUCCCGUUUUGGCCAUUAAGGCCAACAAA